AUGUCUCUCUAUUUCCAUCCACGCGACCUCGCGGAAGUGAUAGCGGCAUUCGAGGCAAAGGCGGAGGCGGCUCGCGACGAGAGUAGCGCGAGCGACGGCGGCGACGACGCUGCACAUCAUCGCCAUGGUCGCAAGCUCGCGCACGUCCUUACGGAAUCAUCGUUCGACCGGCAUACUGGCUCGCUGCGUCUCUCCGCGCACGACCUGAGGCGCCUGCAGGAGCGCGCCGAUGCGGCCGGCUUCUCUCAGUCCCCCCGUCGGUCCGUGCCGCAGGCGGCGGCGGACAGCCUCAUAUUCCCGCUCUUCUCGCUCGACAUCAAGGGCCCGUACGUGAUGACUUCGAUUCUGGGGUCGCCGGCGAAGCAGUUCGUGGUGCUGGCGGAUCUGAGCACUAGCGUCACGUGGGUCAGCUGCGACUGCAUCUCCUGCCCCUCCGCUGCCAACUCCGUCGACGUCCUCGGCAUCAACCGCACGAUGCUGAACACGAAGCGGUCACUGACAGCGAAGCCCAUCGCGUGCAACAGCAGCGUGUGCGCGCAGAGCGCCACCUUCUCCUGCAACGCGCAGCAGCCGCUGCUCACAGACCGCCCCGACGUGUGCGAGUUCAACAUCAGCAUGGGCGCGGGGGACGUGUUCUCAGAUGUGGUCACCGUGCCUCUUUUCAACCUGGACCUGCCCCCUGGCGAGCAUGACAGCAUCAACUCGUCCAUCAACUUUGGGUGCCUCCGCGUGGAGGACCCCGCCAUGGAGAAUUUCGGGCCGGACGGGUCGGUGGGGCUGGGAGCGGGGCCAUUCUCAUUCGCGUCUCAGCUGCACGCUACGAGCCUGCUCAACGCCAGCGCCGCCCCUCGCCCCAACGCCUUCUCCCUCUGCCUCGACGGCCCGCACCAGGAGGGGCUGCUCAUUGUCGGCACCACGCCCGACCCCCCCUCGGGGCUCAUCACCACGCCCUUCAAAGUUGCGGUUAACAGUUCGCGCUAUUUGCUGAACGUGACGGGGAUCCGCCUGGGAGGGUCAGAGGUGAACGGCACGCAGGGCAUAGGGGGCAUGGUGAACUCGACCUUUGGGGGCUUCUCUCUGGACACAGCACGUGGCUUCAUCUCGCUGCGCCGCGCCGCCUACGAGAGCCUCGUCACUGCCGUGUAUGCACCAGAUGCAGUGGUAGAGGCUGGUGUGGAUGGCUACACUGGCUACUACUGUGGCGUGCUGGCUCCUGGUGCGAGCCCGGAUGUGGUCUUCCCGCCCAUCUCCUUUGACCUCCCAGAGGGCUCUCUGUCAGUCACCUGGCCCAAGUACAUGUACUCUGUUGCCAACGAGACCCACGAGAUUCUCUGCCUGCUGGCGGAAUCACACCCGGACUGGGCCCCACGCAAUGUCUACAUGGGCACGCCGUGGUUGCUGGACACGUACUGGAAGUUUGACCUCGAGAACAGCACCAUUUCCUUCACACCCUACAACUGCUCGACAUUUGAGGCCAUUCAGGCCGCUCCCUCCCCUUCCUCCGCGCCCGCAGCUCCCGCCCCCACCACCCUCCGCCCCUCGUCCCCCAACCCGCCUCUUCCCACUGCCACUCCCACUGGCACUUCCCCCCCGUCCACUGCACCACCAUCUGCUUCCUCGCCCCCCCCUCCCCCGAAGCCUGCUUCACGCGUGGCCACUGCACUCGUGGUGGCUCCUAUGCUGUCUCUUCUUCUGGCAGUGCUCUUGCUCUAG